CAAAAAAAAAUUAACUAAUUUACAUUGAUUUCAUUGAAUCGAAUGACCAUAUGAAAUCAUCAUAAUGUCUUCAUCAACGACAGUUUCGAAUCCGGUUCCUCCACCGCAACCACCGCCACCAUCUGCAAAUGUUACAACACAACAAACAACAGUAACGAAAAAUGAUUUGAAACAAAUUGGUAUAUGUUUACCAGCAAAUACACCUAUGGAAAUUGCUACUAAUACAGCUAAUACAUCAACAGGCCAAUCAUCAUCAUCAUCAUCAUUAAAUUUAUCAUAUUCAAAUGCAGCAAAAAAUGUUGUUACAAAUAAUACAAAUAAUUUCUAUACAACAGCAACAACAGCCGGCCAAUUUCAAAUGGGAUCAUUAAGUGUUAUGGUAGCCAAAUUGAAUCCAUCAACACGACAACAAACAGUCAUAUUACAACCACGUAUUAAUACAACACGUGGUACAACAUUACAGAUACAGAAUUCUGUACGAAAUUCAACUGGAAAUUCAUUGCCAAAUUCACAGACAAUAUCGACAACAUUUCCAUCAUCAAAUUCAUCAGCAAUUUCUGUACGAACAAGAGUUAUUAGUGGACAAGGAAAUCAUCCAAGUACGACAAUACCAUUGUUAAAUCUUUCAACUGUAGCGGCUGCAUCAUCGGCCGUUGCUACUAGUGUUGGCCCACCAAACAAUAAUACAACAUCAAAUGUAACGACAAAUUCAGUAAAACAGAUGAUUACCGGUCAGAAAUUUAUUACCGCAGGUAAUGUUGAAACGGUAAAUCUAAUGAUUUCGAAUCCGAAUGAAGUUCGUAAUCUGAAAACGAAUGCACAAAAUUCGGAAAUAAAAUCAUUGUAUAAGAUUAAUGGCCCAAAACAAUUAACUGGAUCGUCAACAGCAACUGCUGCAUUGGUUACAGCACAAACAACACCAAAAAUGAUCAGUAUAAAUAAUGCAAGUGGACAUCAAUCAUGUCAAGCAACAGCAACACGUUUUGGAAUUUUAAGCAGUAAUGCUAAUGCUAAAUCAGCUGUAAUAAAUUUGCCAAAAAAUUUUAUUAUAACACCAACAGGUGCUUCCGGUAUCACUAAUAUGGUUAGUAUUAGUUCGGCAAAUUUUCCCGCCAAUCGUAUACCACUUUCAAGACAACAACAUCAUACAGUAACAACAUUAUCGGCUAUUCAUUCAUCCAAUUCAUCGACAUUACCAUCAUCAUCAACAACGACGAUAACAACAACAAAUAUGACAACAAAAUCAACACCAACUACAAUUUAUACGGUGAAUACAGCUAAUCAAAAUGCAACAAAUGUAUUAAAUAAUUCGAAUAUUAUCACAACAUUACAGCCGAUUAUGACUAAUCAUCAACAACAAUCGAAUAAUAAUCAUCAAACAUCGAAUAUUAUAUCAUCAUCAAAUACAACAUCUUCAAUUGCUAUUGCUAAUAUUAAUAAUAAUAAUACAACAGCAACAAAACAAGCAAUGAAUAUUCAAACAAUCAAUAAUAGUAAUAAUUUAUCACCAAUCAAAUCAACGGCAACAAAUUUAUCAUUUCCAAUACAACAUCAUAAUCAAUCAAUAACAACAACACCAAGUUCACCUAGGCCUCGAAUAUUAAGCCGUAAACGUACGAUAAAUGAUUUACCAACAUCGAUUACAAUUAAAUCAAAUAAUAAUAAUAAUAAUUUACAUAAUACAAAUGGAUCGAUAGCAUUUAUUACAUCAUCAUCAUCAUCAUCAUCAUCAAAUGUCAAUCAUCAUUCAACAAUAACAACAACAACAACAAAUCAACAACAUCUUCCAACUAUAAUAACUAAUGAUAAAUCAUUAAUAAAUGUAAACAUUAUUGAUACGAAUAAAAUUGAAUCAAACAACAACAACAACAACAAUAGCAGCAUUACACAGAAUUGUAUCGAAAUUAAUAAUAAUAAUAAUAAUUUUACAUCGAGAAAGAAACCACGUAAACAAUUAUUAGAACCAUUAUCAUCAUCAUCAUCAUCAUUAAAUAAUAGAAAUAAAUUAAAUACAUUAUCAUCAUCAUCAUCUGUUACUAUUAAUCAUCAUCAUCAUCAACAACAACAACAACAAUUAAUUAAUGAUCAACAUAAUAAUAAUAAUCAUCAUCAUUUAUUAAUUAAUCAAAAUAAUAAUAAUAAUAAUCAACAACAACAGCAAAAACAAUUAUGUUUAAAAGAAACGGAUUAUAAAGAUUUAUACGAACAGCAGCAACAACAAACGAAAAUUUCUAUAAAGAAACCAAGAUUAUCGAUUAUAAAUUAUCAUACAAAUGGUAAAUUACCACAAUUUUCAAGCUAUAAUGAUGUAAAACCAAAAAAUGAUAAAAAAUUAACAUUACAAGAUUUAUUGAAUGAUGUACGAAAACAAAAUGAAUGGAAAGAUUUUAUACUAACGGAUCAAUGUAAAAAAUUAGCUGAUGAUGAAGAAUCAUUUACACAGAAACGAUUAGAAUUAUUAUUAACAAAAUUGGAAAAUGAAAUUAGUCCAUUUUCAAAAUGUGCUGCAAUGACAACAUUAUAUGAUGAAAUUGAUAAUAAUAAUCAAUCGCAACAACAAUCGCAACAACAACAACAACAACGAACAUCAACAAAAAUAAAUAUAAUUGAUCGUAAAUGUGUUCGUAUCAAUGAUAUAAUACGUGCAAAUAUACAAAGAUCAAAAGUUUUAUGUGAACAUUUUAUUGAUUGUAAUCAAAUUAUACAACGUUUAACAUAUGAACAUAAAGAUAAAGUUACGAAUCUAUCAAAACGUUUAAAUUGUAAUAUUAAUAAUAAUAAUUCAUCAAAUAAUAAUAAUCAUAAUCAUAAACGUACAAGCAGUAAUAGUUUAAAUAGUGGUUAUUCAAAAUAAAUUUUAUAUAACCAAAAAAAAAAA